AUGUUCGCAUUAUUGAUUCAUCUACCGGAACCACUCGAGAAGUAUACCGAGCAUCCUGACAUGGUAUUCGAGGUGAAACAAAAGGUAGCCACGUUCCAUAGAAUACUGUCCCAGCUAUUGAUCCUGUUGGAAUGGCUUGCUCCGCACUUUCCAAGGAGCUUCUAUAUUGGCAGUAUAAAGAGUCCAGACCAGGAAACAGGAUCUCUUUCUGCACCUUUGCCUCCUGAAGCACACUGCGGGAAGCUGUAUAGAACUGAUGAUGCAGAAGCUCAGUUUUACUGCCACGAUGACUCAACGACACAGGGCUCCUUUGGGUUCAACAAUCUCAGCGGGAUCCCGGGAAGUGAAGAGCUCUCUGAUGAAGAGUUCAACCGAUUAGUAGACACAAUGUAUCCAAUCGAAUCCUGUGCGAACCAGUCAUUGGGUCUUACUGAUUACAAGGCUGGAAUUGAGACCGAAACGACAGCUGGAAACAAGGAUAAGGACAUACAGGGCACGGGCAAACCUCACGCGAAAGGUAUUAGCGGCGGAGUAUGCCUCGGUGAGGAAGAGAGUAAAAACCUGGCGAUCGCUACUAAAUGGGAGCAGCUUCAACAUGAGCACAAUUUUGCUGGAAAUCUGUUUACAAUUUUCCGGCGUUUCGUGCCUGAUAUCGGGGCACAGGUCACAAAUCGUCUCCUGCAGCUGGCUCUUGCCUUGUUUUUACCGGAAACCCUGCUGAGAGUCAAGAAACAUAUUGAAUUUCUUCGUCAAAAAACCGAAUUCCGAACAGAGAUGUAUGGGCCUGUGCCUACAUGGAUUUAUCGAACGGCUGUCCAGUGCUGCCAAGGACGCAACCCCAACCAGUUCAGCAUGCGGCUGUUUCAAUGGUAUGUCUAUCAGUAUAUAGAGACCCAGAGAGGUCUUUGGGAUCCUGCCAUUGCGAGACAUCCAAGCCGCGAUCAUAUUAUUAACCAAAUUGCCACAUCUGAGAUCAAUGGUCCAAGAGCACCAGACUAUGCUCCCUCAGGUUUGGACUUGGUGAAAAGGAAGAUUCAGUCUUGGCAUGAUCAAGGCUGA